AUGGACAUGCUUCUGGGACCAACAAGACGGUUUGUGACGGCCCUAUGCGAUCAGAGACAGCCAGUGGAGUCUUCCCUUUCCGCCCUCAUCCUCAGACAUGGUGGCCUCGAGCCCCUGGUGGCUACUUUGCUGCAAACCCCCGUGUUUUGCGUGCCACGGGGCUUCUGGCUAUUCUGGGUCUCCUCAGGGCCAACCCAUACAAGGCCGACAGCCGACAAGGUCUGGAUUUCGCAAUAUGUCGACGAGGAGUCGAUCGCUUUGGCAAAGCAUAAGCUCGGAAAACCAAAAGCAAAGGCUUUCUUAAGCAACAUCAAGCGCAAGCAGUACCCCGACGACUCCAUCUUCUCGCUGGUGAAUUUGUACAUGGAUUUGGUCUUCGACUUGGACGAAUCUUCCGACUGGACCACGGCGGUCCUACUCCCCCCACGGCCCAUUCGCCAGGAGGCGCCCCGCCGCCGCGCCCCCGAGUCCCCAUCGGCGGGAAGAGGCCACUCAUGUGUCCCAAAUGGAGACAGGUUCCCAGCCUCCCGAAUCGCCCUCCUCGGGCGGUCCGACUCAGAAAACAACGCAAGCCGCGAGUCAGCGGCCAGUAAAACCGAGUUCAUGCCUACAGAGGACGAAGCGAUUGUGAACAUGGCCUUUGUUUUCUUGCUCAAUUCGCUAACCGAGCCCUAUGCGCCUAUGAGGCACAAAGGCUACCGAUGGCUAACUAACCACGAGCCUGUCCGGAUUUUCAAGCAACUGAACGCUGCCGGGCACCCUCUCCCUGUCAAGGGGAACAAGCUUCUCGAGGCUCGGACCGCCGGCUGUUUUAGGCACACAGGCCACAACAUCUCGGCCGCGUUGAUCGAAGUUAAGCCAUGCGUUCGGGAGACGGCCAGGCGGAGAAUCGAAUGGCAAGAAGGCGCUCAGAUGGCAGCGUACAUUUACAAGCUACUGUACAUGCAGUCGCCGCCGAGCCCGGGGUUUGGGUUACUCCUCUGCGAUAAACCAGGACUGAAACGGAGGCUGCUCGUAUCCCAGGACCACGCCGAGAUAUAUGUCAACAUUGCCGAGUAUGACGCCGCCUACGAGCGGUACCUCGGGCUUCACGACCCCCAGAACUCUUCGGCGCCACCUCCUCCGCAGGCAGGAGGCGACCGGGGCAGUGCGGCGGCUAGGGUGCUCAGUGUGCUCAGUCUGCCCUUGGCAACUGAGCUCACUGAUCACCGUCGAGCUAUUGUUAUCCUGAUUGGUGAUCUUUACCUGGUGCUCAGUGUGCUCAGUCUCGGCUUGGCGACUGAGCUCACUGAUCACCUCGAUCACCUUCCUGGCUCCCUGAUUGGUCCUUUUAAUGAUUGCCUUGGGGCGUCCCGCGACCUGAGUCUUAACCUCCUGGCUGCUCGGCUUGUUGACACCCUGACUGCUUGGCUGAGUUGGCUGAGUUGGCUGAGUUGGCUGAGUUGGGCUGAGUUGGCUGAGUUGGCUGAGUUGGCUGAGUUGGCUGAGUUGGCUGAGCCGGCUGGGUCGGCAAGAGUAAACGGCUCAUGA